UGAUUCAUUUUUGCAUAUGUGUUGAAGAUAUUUGUAUAUAUCAUGCUUUUAUUUUCUUUAUCAUAUUUAUGUUUUUAACAUUGUGCGUUCGUCGAAAUUGAAAUGUGUGCCAUGGCGUCGGCGUGCAUGGAAUUCAGUGCAUAAACAAAAGAAGACAUCAGAAACAGUGACCUAAGACGAAACGAAAAAACAAAAGAAACAUUUAACACGGAUUAAAACUAACUGAAUACAAUUUGUUUGAUGCCAUUUGUGAGCAUUUUUGUGCGCUAUGUGUGACUCUUGUGUUUUGUGUAUCGGAAUUUUGUAACUUUGGUGUCCGAGACCCACUGUCAACGCACAAAUAAAAUCUUUAAUAAUUCCAUAUUACAGCGCACCUACGCCAUAAAACGCAUCAUCAAUUCGUCAACGUUUUGUUGUACGUUUUUCUUUUUCAAAAGAAAAGAAAAUUAUGAAUAAUAUACUUUGCAACGACGUACAAUAGAUUAAUUAUCGCCUAUGAGUAUGUCAUAUUGUUGCCACAACUGCUGCCAGAUGUGCACAACAUUCCACUUAAAUUGAAGCAAUACUGAAAAUAGAUGCAUUUGAAACGAAAAUGUAACAAAAGAGCGACAACAAAGGCAUAUGAAAUGUAAAUGAUCGACAUCAUGACAUCAUUUUAUGAUAAACAUGAGACAUGAACGCAUCUACAAUAAUCGAAAUAAACGAAACGCAGACAAACUAUGAGACAGAGAUGACAGAGAGAGAGAGAGAACAAAAAAAGAAUACGAAACAUGUGUUGUUAGGUGUAAAGAAAGCAAUAAUACGACAAGUGGAUUACGCUAUGUCGACGGCAAAUAAUAUGUGUUUAUUAAACUAUUUACACCCAUUCGCAAAUAAUGUUGACUAAUUCAAGUGCUCACACAUAAAGAUCGUAAAUCACAAGUGAAAUUUAGUGAACUUGAUGUGGUGGUUUCUUUUUUCAUUUAUCAGGGUGAAGUAUAUAAAUGCGACUUCAUAUGAUCAAAAGCGAAACGAAAUUUCGACGUCAAUGGAAUAGACCUCGUACGCGCCUAUUUAUAUGUGUAUGUGUAAUGUGUAUUAACGAGAAAAAAAAAUGACAUUGCGUGCACUGGGUGUAAUUGACACAGACGCAUCGCUGUGUAUCGUUUCCCGUGUUUAUAUAGUUGACGAAAUAAUAAACAGCCACAACGAACAACAAAAAAAAGAAGAGCUAACAAGUUACAGUUAGACGUGACUGAAAGAAUAAAAAAGGCGGUCAUAAAACACCUCGAAUACAUGCAUCGACGAAAUUGAGUGCCGUGUGUCUAUACAAAAUAACGGAUAAUAUUGUGUGGAUGUGUUUUCUCUCUCACUCUGUCUAUCGCACGUACUCUGUUUCACAUUUCGGUUUCGUUCGGUGUUAUCUGAAUUUCGGAUAUUUGUAUAUUUCAUAAAUAUGAACGAAGUGAAGUGUAAGCACGAGUGUGAUAAGCCAAAUGAUGAAACAUUUUUGCUAUUAUCAACUUCGUUAAAUUCGAUAUCGUCAUCUCCAUUUGCCACACAAACAAGCAUUUUGUCGUGCGAACAAUCAAAUGUGAACAACCAAUACACAACCGCAACGCCACCAUCACCGACAUCAAACGCUAGCGACAGUCGAAACAAUAGACCGACGUGUAUUACCAACACAAUGCCACUAUCGAAAUCGACAAUCGUUCACACUUGCUGCUAUAAACAUCAUUGUCAGUUGAGCGCUUGUCACAUUAAUAAUGGUGAAUAUCAAGCCAGCACCAGCAAAAAGCUUUUGUUAUCCGUGCCAUUACAACGUAAAUUCAUCGGUGCGAUUGGCAUAGACGCACGAAAUAAUUGUAAGAUAUUGGAUUUAUUGACGAGUAGUGAUCAACGUUUAGUUAUAGCACAUUAUUCUUGUGUGGAAAAAUUUACGAAAAUGUAUACACCAAAUACGAUGUUAAAGGAUAAUAAUAACGGUCGACAAAAAAUGAAUAAAACUAGCGCGGAUCAAUUGAUCACAGCAAAAACCGAUGGCAAAGAAGAUGAUUUUUCGUGCUCAAGUGAUAUCGUGUGUGAUAAUAAUUUGACUGAAAGUCUAAAAAAUCAACGUUUUAUCAGCACCAGUCCAUUGUCGGAUGAGGGUUUGGCCAUUGCAAGUCCAUAUUGUUCAUCGGGCGAAGAAGAAGAUGUUAAAACACCUGUACACGAAAAGGUCGAACGUUCAUCAAGCUCUGAUUCGGCCAUCCAUUUGGAUGAUGAAAUUUUAGCUCGAAUGGCUGAUCUAUCGCCACGCAAUCAACAACGUCGAAUGACAUUAACGGUAACAGAUAUUCCACUUCGGCCAGCACUUUUACCCGUUGCUGAACCAACUAGUUUACCCGAUUCACCGUUGCCACCACAACAGCCAUUUGAUUUUAUACCAUCGUCCACAAAUCUAGCACCACUUGUGGUGCCAAGUAAAAUGAUACUUGAAGCACGUAUCGUGGAAAUUCCAACACCAACACCAACGUCACCAGCCCAAUUAAACGACAAUAAAACAUCAUCAUAUUUUGGACAAAUUUCAAGACGUGAAUCGUGCGUCAGCGAAGAUGAUAUGUCACAUGUACGAAUUGUACGAACACCUUCGGUCGUUGUUUCAGAUUACAGUGAAGAUGUGCUGUGUGGCAUUACACUUGAAGAAUUGGAAUUUUUCCGUCAACAAAGAAAAUCAUCACUCGGCGCAGCAUUAGAUUCGCCACGAUCAUCGGCCACUGAAGCUACCGAUUAUUUAUCGGACUUGAGUGCAGCAUCAUCAUGCUCGAAUUUAAAUUAUUGCGGAUCAUCGAUCAGUUUACUUGAUGACAAUUAUUCACAAUCGCCAACGGAAACACCGGAACGCAAAUUUUCCAGUUGUUCAACCUGUUCCAUUGGCCAAGAAGAUAACGAAGAGGAAUCCAGCCAAUUUUCAAACAAUUUGAUCGACGCUCUGAAUCAACAGCAACAGCAGCGAAAGACAAAGGUAUGCAGAUGUAGUUUAUCUAAAGCUUCUAGUUAUUAUCCAUCACAAUCAAAUCGUAAUUCGGCGGAUCCAAAAAUUGAUUGAUUCUUUUAACACUUUUUAUUUUGAAUGGUACAACCAAACAAUUGUACAAACAUGAAUUUGCAAAAUAACCAAAAAAUAUCACAAUUCACAGAAAAAUAAUAUUUUUCAAAAAAUCGAUCGAAAUUUCGUUAAUUUUUCAAAAACAGAGAGAGAAAAAUAAAUAAAUAGUUAAUUCAUGUUGAUGAAAAUUCCAAACGAUCCGCUACAAAGAAAUAUAUAAAAAGUAUUAUGCAAAAAAAACGUAUUAAAUUUUAAAUUAUUAAAUUAUAUGAGACGGUGAUAAUUAUAUUGCCGUCACGUUAGUAGAAAAACGAAGAAGAAGAAAAAUCAUUAUUAUCAAAGGCAUUUAUUUAUUUCAACGGCUUUUGACAACCGUUUAUUUUACAUUAAGACAAUUCUUCUAUUAUUUUUGUGUUAGCUGUAGUACAACAAUUUCGAUGACGCACAUAUUCAAAUAUGUACAAUCCAGCUGUGUGUCUUUAAUUCCAAUUAAAUUGUUUAAAUUGAGUAAAUUUUCCUAUAAAAAGGACUUUUAUCGUGAUAUCAUGAGACAUGUAUAGGAAUUAUAAAACAAAAAAAAAAUUAAAAUAUUUCUAUUUUCGUCAUCAGAAUAGAAAAUAUGAAAACAUCUGCUGAAAUGUUUACACUAGAAGCUAACUAUAGAGAAAUAUAAAAUAAAAUAAAGUUAAAAAUUUACGUUGA